GGCAGGUUUCCUAGUCAGGUGGUCCACAGAUGACCAAGCUAGGGGACCUGGAAAUUCGACGGAAGCAGCACAGAACAAUCGGCCAUUGCUGCUGAUGAUCUUCUGUCACGGGCUCGAUACCCACUGAUUCCUUCUGAACACGCAUGUCAAUGACAGAGGGCUCACGAAGACGCGGCUCAAGGAAGCCAUUGCCGAUCGGUGUCAUGUCAUCCUCCUCUCAACGGCCUGUGAUACUGGCGGAUGGGUAGCAACGGAUAUCUCGGGUAUCCUUGGCCCUUCAAAUGCUACAAUGUUGGAAGACGUUGGCCAAUGGAAGACUUCGGAUGCGUGGCAGAUAUCCGAUAACGUCAGUAAGCACUGUUGCGGGUCACUCUUUGCGAAUUUAGUGAUGACUAUGCUGGAAUCCAAGGAGAACCCUCUCGUCGCCGCCAGCGAGGUUGCAGAUGGAAAUAUACGACAACUUCCGUUGGGCCGUACUAAAUGCGUGCAAAAUAGGAUUCAUCGUUUCGAGGAUGAACAGCAGUUCAGUUUCAGUGCCCAGGACGACCAGUCCCACUUGUCGUGGGCGAAGCGUACAGGUGCUCCCUUGGCCAAGCUUCAAUCAAGAUGGGAGGCACUCGAAGAUGUUGAGUACUCGGUUCAAGACGAGGUAGAGGGAGUCGGAGACUUGCAGUCCAGUAACGAGCGCGGUUCUUCCACGAAGUCGACAUAUCAAGGCCGAGGUCCCCCUUUAGCCAAAUCGAUCCUCGAGAUGACCCCCGAGUUCUACUGGACCGCCGGUGGUGAACAUUGGAACCAUAAAAUCUUGGAAGUAGUCGCCUCUGGCGUAAUACCCACGGCUUACCAUGAAGUUGAUCCUAUGGAGUUGAUCCGCUAUCGUCUAGAGGCCACCGCAAUGGCGGACCGCAUCGUCAGCCUUUUCAAGCUCCCGGUCCCGCUUGGCGAGUCUUGCAUGAGCUGUGACAGUUUUGGCUUCUACCACAGCGACCUGUGCAGCAGAUUCUGUCUAUGCCUCCUAUACGGGAAGUUGUACCCACGCCCUACGGUGUUCCAAGGUUUCUUUCUUCCUUCCUUCGUCCCUUGA